UGAGCGCGCUUGUGAUUGACAGCAUAAGCGCGAGCGCUCCUCCAGACUCCAGUUCAACAGGAGAGACGCGCUCAAACCCAGGAAUGCGCUAGCAAUUUCUGCCGAAUACAGUAAAAUGAGUGUUUUCUCUUAAAAGAAAAGAGCUGCACACAGAUCCACACAACCUCCCCAAGCUUAUGUGCUUUUCGAGGGACACCGUAAGACAGAUUUGACCUGCUGUCCCCUGUUUACCGAAACACAAUCAUCAUCAUCAUCAUCAAUGAGGACAUUAGGAAUGGCUGUGUUCAAGCAACAAAAAGUGGAGGAUUUCUAUGAUAUUGGUGAAGAUCUUGGAAGUGGGCAGUUUGCUAUUGUGAAGCGCUGUAAGGAGAAGAGUACGGGUGUGGAAUAUGCUGCAAAGUUCAUAAAGAAGCGGAAUAGUCGGGUGAGCCGGAGAGGCGUUCGUCGAGAGGAGAUCGAGAGAGAGGUGGACAUCCUACAGGAGCUCCAGCAUCCCAACAUCAUCUCGUUGCACGACGUUUACGAGAACCGCACUGACGUGGUGCUCAUCCUGGAGCUUGUUUCAGGAGGCGAACUCUUCGACUUCCUGGCUCGGAAGGAGUCGCUGAGUGAAGAGGAAGCCACCGAAUUCAUUAAACAGAUCCUCGACGGAGUUCAGUACCUGCACUCCAAGAAAAUUGCACAUUUUGACCUGAAGCCUGAAAAUAUCAUGCUGCUGGAUAACAAUGUCCUCCGGCCACGGAUCAAACUUAUCGACUUCGGUUUGGCACGUAGGAUCAAGGACGGAGUGGAGUUCAAAAACAUUUUUGGGACUCCAGAAUUUGUUGCUCCAGAGAUAGUCAACUAUGAGCAGCUGGGAUUAGAGGCAGACAUGUGGAGCAUCGGAGUCAUCACAUACAUCCUAUUAAGCGGGGCAUCACCGUUCCUGGGCGACUCCAACCAGGAAACUCUUGCAAACAUCUCAGCAUUGGAAUUCGAAUUUGAUGAGGAGUUUUUUGGCAGCACCAGUGAACUGGCCAAAAACUUCAUCAGACAGCUGCUGGUGAAAGAUACCAGAAAGAGGCUUAAAAUACAAGAUGCACUCAACCACCCUUGGAUUAAGCCUGUAAACCCCAAACAAGCCCUGGUGCGACGACAAUCUGUGGUGAACAUUGAGAACUUCAGGAAACAAUAUGCCCGGAGGAGAUGGCAGCUUUCUAUCAGAAUCGUGGCCCUCUGCAACCACUUGACUCGCAUGAUGAAGAAAGGUCACUCCAAACCACAGGACAAACCCGAAAUGCGCUAUGAAAGUCGAGCAGUGGCCGUGUUCAAAAGAGAGUGUGACAGUGAUAAAGAGGAGGAGGUGAUCAUGAGGAGACCCCAAACCAGGAAAAGAAGUAACACUUCCUGAAACUCCCUACUGCUGCUUCAACAGACCACAAUACAAACAUCCCAGCUGCAUGCUGUUUUUGAGGAGAAACAGCAGCGCGUUUGCCGUUUCCAAAUGCACACAAGUUGAGUUGUUUUUAGAAAGUGUGUUGAGGUCUGAAUGUGGCUUGUUUGUCUUCAUAAAGAUGCAUGUAAACAUGAUGCAAGAAGUGCAAUUGUGGCAAAUAUAGAAAGAAAACAUUUGUUCAGGUUUUAAAGCCAGGUAUAAAUGUAUUAAUGUACAUAGAGGGAUAAGUAAGAGUUUACUGGAUAUAUUACAAGUGUGUAUGUAAAGUUUAUUUGUAUGUUUAUAUUCACCGUUACUUGCACCACUUUGCCUUAAUAUGUGCCACAACACAUUAACUGUCUUUAUUAAAAUGUCUUGAGAUUUAAUUUGACUUUCAAAAGUGCAUGACUGAUAUAGCCAUCUUCAUUUGUUCUGUAUGAUAUUUGUUAAUUUUAUGUUUUUUGUUUUUGGCGCACAUUGUUGUCUCAAGUUGUGAUCACAUUUACUGUCGUUUGGCAAAAGAUUUUCCUGCUAAGAUUUCGCAACAGGUAAAAUUUUCUCAUGCAAAUUAAGAUAGCUGCUUGGUUUGAACAUUACUUUUGUAUCAGCCAAGCUUUAUAUAUUGCAACUAUUAACAAUUCACGAUGGACUUUUUUUGGCUGCGAAAAUUCGCUAACGUGAUCAGGUAUUUGCAUGCAGGUGAAAGAUUUCCUCAUGAAGAUUCUGCAUCGGGUUUAAAUUUGUCACGGAAAUUCAUCGCUAUGACUCAACAAAAACCCAAAAGAAAACAGCUUGGUUUAAAAUUGAUUUUGCUGAAAUUUCGCUAAUGUUGCUUCAGCUUUUUAAGUUUGCAUUUUGCAGCGCAAGUCAGUGCAAAAUGGGCUGGAUUUGAAAUCCAGUUUAAAACAGUGUAAUACUCAAUGUGUUUGCUCUUAAGUGUAUUAAAAUUUGGUCACUUAUCAAGCCUGUGUUGACAAUGACUUGUAAAGCUCUCAAGAUAUUAAUAAUGUAUCAGAUGACAUUAAUUUUGAUUUCAAAAAUGUGUUUCUUUUGGCAUGUCUGAAUCUCUGUCAGGGAAGGACGAGUGGGAACUGUUGGUAAUGCUAUUGAAAAACUAUCAUUUGGGACAUUAAGGUACUUGAGACGUUUCAGGCCUGUGCCACCUAUUUGUCAAAAGUUUAAAGAAAAUCACAGGUGCUAAUAUGCAAAUUAUUUGUAAUACAGUGCCUUGAGCUUGAAUGUUAUUGUUGGUAUGCUUCACAUAUACCACCAUCAGAAGAGGUUGUAUUCUAAAUAAAUGUAUUCUGAACAAUGGGUUUAUAAAUGA